AUGGAAGUUACGUUUUUAUUUCAUGCACUACUGAUAGUUUUACAGAUCUCAGCAGGAGAGGUGACAUUCUUCAACGCCAAGGCUGUGGUGAGACAAUCGGGCGAUUAUUUCAUUGGUGGAUAUUCAUCAGGUGAAUCCGCGGAAGAACUUCGGUCCUCAUUUAAAUACGGCAGAGUAAUCGACAUAGGUACGGGAGGUGAGCUGCCAGAUGGAUUCCGUAUAAGAGACAGGUACGAUUUUGCAAAGCGUCUCUAUUUACCAGAAGGGGCUGGACGACCGGGUGUAUACUACUGUGACGUCAUGGACGUAAGAUUCCAAACGGUAGUUUUGUCACUGGACGCUUCAAUACUUCCGGAAAGUCAUACUAAGACCGUGAGUUGGGGUGAAAAUAUGAGCCUUGGUAUGGUUAUAAAAUCAACAACAAUAUCAGCAACACAACUGAAAUGGAAACAUAAUGGUGUGGAUAUAGAAGCAUGGAAUGGACAAAGUAGUAUUACAAUUACAUCAGCUAAACCAUCAGAUGCUGGAAUUUAUGAAUGUUACUCUAGCGAAGAACAGAGACGAAAUGGUUUACAUGGUUUCAUGAGACUUAUCGUGAGAGGGUGUGGAAAUAACUACUGGGGACAUAAUUGUGACCGACAAUGUUCGUCUCACAAAUCUGACGUAUGCCGUAGUAGACUGCUAUGUCUGCAGGACCCGUAUGGAUGUUCGUGUCAGGCGUCUUACACAGGGUUAGACUGCUUUGAAGACUGCCCUCAGGGAAAAUACGGAUCUGGGUGCACACAGACUUGUCAUUGCACCACCGGUUGUAAUAAGGAAACAGGAGCGUGUAAUAAUGGCGGCUCCUGCAUAACUGGAUUUAGUGGACAUAACUGCCAAGUCUCAUCUUCAUGUUCCACUGGUUUCUAUGGUGAAUUAUGCAACUAUAAUUGUCAUUGUAAAAACAAUGCAGCAUGUGAUAAGAACACUGGUGUUUGUCCAAAUGGAGAUUGUGCACCAGGAUGGAUAAAUCUAGAUACUAUAGAUUCGGAUUGUCAACAAGACGGCAGUGUCAAGUUUGGAGACCACUACACCAAAAAAGUCAAUCCUGGUGAAGAGACCUACUUUAUAUGUGAAGUCAUUAGUAAUCCUGUCAUACAGCAGACUCACAUGAUGCUUGUGAACGAGGACACAGCCGAAUACGUCACUAUAAGUGAUUAUUACACGCGUGACACGUACAUUGCCGUUGGUAACUACAGUGGCGUGGUUGUGAACAGCACACGUGACUUUGUGUGCCAUGUUCCACAUGAAAUGAUUUCGGUUGCUAUAACCACGCAACUAUAUGAACUUCCAAGAUUUCAUUCUAAUAACCACCCAUAUAUCACAAAGAUUUAUCCAGAUGUAAUCAGAAUAUCUUGGAAUAGAUGGAAUCCCCUUGCUGGGGAUAUAGGGGAUGGUCCGAUCGAAGGUUACACAGUGUACUACAGAGAGAGUAACAUCAGUAAUUGGAUGUAUGUAGAAUAUCAGGCAGCGAAUGGCACACAUGUACAGAAUUAUAGUUCAAACGUCAUAGGAUUACGUUGGUCUACCACUUACGAGUUCACGGUGACUGUGACCAGACCAGGAAAGUUUGGUGAAGGCAGCGACGAGAUAACUGUUACAGAAACUACAACAUGCGGCAAGCCAGAUAAACUCACUGUUAUAGAUGUAUCAGCUCCCCGUCAAAAAGAGAUUCAUAUUAAAAUACAGAUACCGACUGCCAAUCAAAUAAGAUGUAAUGUAAAUAAUGUUGAUGGCUACAUCGAUAACAUCGAAGUCAAAUAUCGGAAAGCGAACAUGGACGAUGAGUACCAAACGAAACAGUUCGAUAUCGGAGGGAAUCUAUCCAGUGUUGAUACGUAUGUGGUUGCAAGUGAUUCUUUGAUACCGUACACUAUAUACGAAGUAACUACAGUUGUUAGAAACUACAAUUUCGAAAGCCCAAUAAGUAACUUUAUCACGGUUUUAACACCAGAAGCCACUCCGACUAAACCUAGAAAUGUAACGCUACAGCACACGGCGCAUUCGAUAACUGUUGAGUGGGUCAUACCCGAAUAUGUCAAUGGUAUAAUUCGUAAUUAUAUGAUAACAUACUGGAAGAGAGACGACCAUACCACAGUACAAGUGGUGCAUAUCACCGACACAUUGAAUUAUGUGAAUGCGUACAUACUAAGAGAUCUAAACUACAAUGUCCAGUAUUCUAUACAGGUAUCAGCAACAACAGGGGCAGGGACCGGGAUGGCUAGCGAUGUUGUCAAAAUACGGACAGCAGACACGGUUCCAGGCAAACCAGAUUAUCUCAACGUAGUGUUUACAAACAACAAUUCUAUUACACUGGAAUGGAACGAACCUGUUGUAUUCAGUGGUAAUAUCACUAAGUACGAGGUAGCAUAUUCAUCAAUCGAAUCUGUCUACUGGAAUGCCAGCAAUAUAUUUCAAAACCUCACAGUCUUUGGUCAUAUUAACGAGUACACAUUACAAGACCUACCUCCAGGCACAAUGAUUCGUGUGUCCCUGUCUGCUAGUACAGGGGUAGGAUUCGGUGAGGCGAAUACAAUAAUAACUGGAACGGAUAUAUCAGUGACAAGUAUUCUUGACGCUAUUGACGUCACGGAGCAGCUUAAACUUACUAAUGCGACAGUCGACAUUCAACUACCACAGAUAGCAGAUAAUAGGAUUGACAGGAAUACAAGCCUACUGAACUACAUUAUUGUCGUCCACCAUAAAAGUCCACAUAAUAACGGAAGUGACAUAGACGACGGAAGUGACAUAGACGUCGUCAUGCUAACUGCGUACAAUGACAGCUCGUCAUCAUAUUACAUAACAGCCUCAUUUCAACUGAAUAAAAUUCCGUCUGAGUUCACUGUAGGCGAUGGGAUGGUGUACAACGGGUAUUACAAUGUUCCACUAACUCCUGGCAGGUCUUUUAACUUAUUAUAUGGUUUAUCCGUAUUGACAAGCGGGAUAACGCUUUCAUAUAGGGACUCGAUAUAUUUAAACGCCAACAAAACGUCCCGCACCAUUACUCUACAUGGCGAUAUCGAUACAUAUACUUUACAUGGAUUGUCGCCAGGAACUCAAUUUGUGAUAUCCGUUUCUGCAAGUACAAAGGCAGGUUUUGGAGCUUCGGAUACGAUACUCACUGGAACAAAAAUGAAAGAAAUUGACAUAUUUGCCGGAAUAGAGGAAAUACAAGGACAUGGUCAUUCUUCUUCUUUUUAUCUUCCACAACUUGAUGACAGCAAUAUCAAGAAAGAAACAAAUCUUCUGAAAUACAUUAUUGCUGUUAACGUUGAUGCAGCGAACGAUCUUAGAUGGGAUGAAAAUUUAGCCAAACUGUCUACUUAUAACCAGGGUGGUGCGCCUUAUUACAUCGCUGCUGUGUUCACACUUAAUGAGAUCCCAGCAGAAUUUACCCUGGGGGACGGCAUGAUGUACAAUGGCUAUUAUAACGCUCCAUUGACGGAAGGAAAUCGGUACUAUGUUUAUUAUGGCGUCUUAGUAAUGACAACGGGGACUCACGUUAAUGUCUUGGAUCUCUUGAUACCCCCAGAUAUGUCAGAUUAUGAAGAUCUUCGAGACACCGAUGUGAACAUUUACGAUAUUGCUGAACGACUGAACACGCCUAACGAUGACCAGACAGACGGCUAG